AUGAGUUCCACCGAAACCCAAUACCUCAAAGCCAUCCUCCGUGACGCCACUACAAGCACAAUGUCCGGCAACUACUACGAGUCAGCCAUGGUGAUCCCAGGCAUGCACGCUUCGGCCAUGCCUCGUCGCCCUACCCAGCCAGCUCAAGCCUCAAGGUCAAAUGCUGCAGCAAUGGCUUCGGAAGUAACGCUCGUUGACAAGGACGGUGUUCCCGUUCUGUCCAAAGAGAAGACAGAUGCCGACAGUGUUGCUAAGGAAUCGUCGCCAUCUCGCAAAGGAUUUCUCAAGCGCAUCUUGAAGAAGGCCUAA